AUGGGUCCUAAUUUUAUCAAUGUUGAUCUUACAAGUAUGAUUGUUAAAAAAAGUAGAAUUUCUAGAUAUUUUAUUCAACGACUUCAUUCUGCUUUUGGUAAAAUUGAUAAAAAACUUUUAGAAUUAAAAUUAAAACAUGUUAGUAAUUCUAAUACUAAUAAUAUUUUCGAAAAUAAGAUUAAAUCACCAUGGGCUAGUGAUUUACCUAUGGUUAUGGAAGGAUUAGCACUUAUUCUUUUUCCACCUAAACCAAAUACAACAUAUGUUAAACCUGAUAAAAAUAUUAUGAUUAAAAGAUAUAAAGAAUAUAUUGAUUUAGGAUUUGAAUUUAAUGAUAAAAUAGCU